CGAGUCCCAUUUUCUCUCUUCUGCCACCGGUUACAUAGCAUCUUUCUGAUUCCAUAGCCACUUUGUCGUGCUCGUUGUCAGCUGUAACAAAGAUGAGCAGUAAUUUGGAGACAAGGUCAUUGAUGGAUGAAUUCCGUAACUUGGAAAAAGGUUGGUCCUUUGAUCUUGGCCAUCCUCUCCUCAACCGCAUCGCUGAGAGCUUUGUCAAAGCUGCUGGGAUUGGAGCAAUUCAGGCGGUGUCACGGGAGGCUUAUUUGACAGCCAGUCAAGGUAAUGGACUUGAUUCAAGUAGUGGUCUGCCGCCGGAGCUCUCUGGUGCUGCAAAGAAACGACGUUUCCCUAACCUCAAAGGAGAAACCAGCGUCAAAUCUCUUGAAGCAUUGGUGAAGAGAACAGGAGAAGAAUCCUUACAGUGGGGACUGGCUGCAGGGGUUUAUUCAGGUCUUACUUAUGGACUGAGAGAGGCUCGUGGAGCACAUGAUUGGAAAAAUAGCGCAGUUGCUGGGGCUUUAACAGGGUUGGCAUUGGGGCUUACAACAGAUGAUGUUUCCCAUGAGCAACUUGUGCAAUGUGCCAUCACUGGAGCUGCCAUUUCCGCUGCUGCAAAUCUCCUCACUGGGAUAUUCUAAAUUUCUGAUACAUGAUAUGUUGCCUAGUAGAUGACAUCAAAGUUUAGAAAUAUACCUAGCAACUCUAAUGGAGCUAAUGAACAUCAAACUUUCUAGUGAUCUAGAAUAGUAUAUAUUUUUAAUAUGUUACAGCUUCCCUUAAUCUAGCCCUUGGCCUCUUUUAUCUCUCU